UAAAUAUCUGUGCUCCGAAUCUUCCUCCAGAAAUUGAAUUGUUGCUAAGGAAAGAUGAUGGCUUAUUCUUCAGCACCUCCCCUCUCUUCUUUGUUUUCCUCAAACACAAUCAACAACCCUCCAUCUCCAACUGCUUCGUUUCCAGUUUCAAAGCUGCUUUUCUCAUCUUUGUCCCCGAAGUUUUCGAGAAAAAAGAAAUGGGUCUCACGCAGAAACAGAUUUUAUCUGGCCAAACCACCUGAACAUGAUUUGGUAGACACGAGGCAGCCAUCCCCACAAGUUUCUACACAAAGUGCUGGCGAUGAUGAUGCCAAUCCAUCCACCAGUUUCUUAUCUAUACUUUGUCCUCUUCUCAGAUUAUUCUCUGGAGGAGAUCCCUCCCAAGAACGGAAUCAUGCUCUGGAGGUAGCAACAUCUUCCUUAUCCACAUUGGCAAGAUUUCCAUGGGGAUCAAAAUCACUAUUGGAGGGCAUAGAGAGCGAAGAUAUAACCGUUUCUGAUCCUUCAACUCAUCUACAACUCUUUGAAUUUGAAGCAUGCCCCUUUUGCAGAAGGGUUCGAGAAGCAUUGACAGAGCUGGAUCUUUCUGUAGAAGUCUAUCCCUGUCCAAAAGGUUCUUUAAGACAUAGAGAAAUGGUUAGAAGCUUUGGUGGAAAAGAGCAGUUUCCCUUCCUCAUCGACCCGAGUGCUGGGAUAUCAAUGUAUGAAAGUGGUGAUAUAGUCAAAUACCUAUUCAAGACCUAUGGUAAAGGGAGAAGCCCCUCGACAGAUCUUUUAGAAAGCACAUUGUUCACCGGAUGGAUGCCAACAAUUCUUCGAGCAGGCCGAGGAAUGAUGCUAUGGGAUAAGGCAAGGAAAGACCCACCGCCAAGAAAGCUUGAACUUUUCUCAUAUGAGAAUGAUCCGUAUUCACGAAUUGUACGAGAGGCACUUUGUGAACUUGAACUUCCUUACAUCCUUCAAAACGUGGGAGAAGGGUCUCGACGGACUAAAUUACUCCUCGAGGCAUCUGGAUCCAAACAGGUUCCAUAUAUAAUCGAUCCGAAUACGAAUACUCAAUUUGGAGAUUACAAGAAAAUACUGUCAUAUUUGUUCAAUACAUAUUCUUCAGCAGCCACAGUAUAGGUUUUUGACAUUUAAGUUCUAAUCUACUUUCAUCUCUGUCGUGUUAAAAACAGCCUCAGACACAGUACUAGCAAUUGAAACUGUUGUUUUUUUU